AUGCUAACACUACCGUUUGAUGAGUCUGUUGUAAUGCCAGAAUCCCAGAUGUGCAGAAAGUUUUCCAGAGAAAGCGAUGACCAAAAGCAAAUAAAGAACCCGGAAAGCUUUUCGAAGCAGAUCAUACUCCGAGGGAAGAAUAUUAAAAGGUCUCCUGGAGAAGACACAGAGAAAGAGGAGGAAGAGGAAGAGAGGGAGGAGGAGGAUGAAAACGGCUUGCCCAGGAGAAGAGGCCUUCGGAAAAAAAAGACGAGCAAGAUCAGGAUGGAAAGGAUCAAAUUCAGGCGACAAGAAGCCAACGCGCGUGAGAGGAACCGGAUGCACGGCCUUAACGACGCUCUGGACAAUUUAAGGAAAGUGGUCCCUUGCUAUUCUAAAACACAAAAACUGUCAAAAAUCGAAACGUUGAGACUAGCCAAGAACUACAUUUGGGCUCUUUCCGAAAUUCUGCGAAUUGGCAAGAGACCUGACCUGCUCACCUUUGUCCAGAACUUGUGCAAGGGUCUGUCCCAGCCAACGACAAACUUGGUGGCGGGAUGCCUGCAGCUGAACGCCCGAAGCUUCCUGAUGGGCCAGGCAGGUGAAGGUGCCCACCAUGCCCGCUCGCCUUACUCUACUUUCUACCCCCCCUACCACAGCCCUGAGCUUGGCACCCCCCCAGGGCACGGGACUCUCGACAACUCCAAGUCCAUGAAACCCUACAACUACUGCAGUGCGUAUGAGUCCUUCUAUGAGAGUACUUCCCCCGAGUGUGCCAGCCCACAGUUUGAAGGUCCCUUAAGUCCUCCCCCAAUUAACUAUAAUGGGAUAUUUUCCCUGAAGCAAGAAGAAAGCUUGGACUAUGGCAAAAAUUACAAUUACGGCAUGCAUUACUGUGCAGUGCCACCCAGGGGUCCCCUUGGGCAGAGCUCGAUGUUCAGGUUGCCUACAGAGAGCCACUUCCCUUACGACUUACAUCUGCGCAGCCAGUCUCUCACCAUGCAAGAUGAAUUAAAUGCAGUUUUUCAUAAUUAA